AUGACAGUUGAAUCUGCCUUUAUCAGUAAAUCAUGGAGCAAGAGAUCAACUGCAUAUUCUUCAUUACUAUGGAAUGCUUUGACAAAUGCAUUUUGUUCAAUUAUCUCACCACUUAAAAGAGCUUAUAUAUCAUCAAAUCAGUCACGUACAUCCAGAAACACACAAAGUUUUCGCUGGUGGCACUUAUUAGCAACCCUCGUCUUGUUGACAAUUACGGCCGAAGUAUUUGUGUUCUGUAAUUUAUACGAUUUGCUUUCUGAAGAACCAUUUGGCAUAAAAAUAGUUAAACGACAAUAUCCGCAAAGAACAUACACAUCUCUGAAUACAAAUAUUGACAGCCAACUAGAAAAAGGCACUAGAGUCUAUCAUGUCACAAAGGAAUUCGGUCCAGCUACAUUAACGGAUAUAGGAAGAACAGUUACAGCACUUGCAGCAGCUCAGCAAGCCACUAAUAUAACUGAAGUAGCAAUUGUUAUGCCUCUCUAUACAUUCAUGAAAAAAUUGGCUAUAGAGAAAGAAAUGGACAUGGUCAUUGAUAUUCGUGGUAAGCGUUCCCAACCAACAAUGUCAUUGGAGUUUAAGAUUUGGAAACUGCUGUACGCCUUCAAUCCACCAGUCCAAGCACCCAGUAAAUAUGAAUGGCAAAUAAUAAACAAUGUAAAUACAUCUGUUUUAAUAACGCCUCAACGUGCUCCAAAGCCAACUGAUGCCAUACCUGUUUAUAUGAUUGAACAUGCCAACAGACGGCCAUUUAAUCAGGCCUUUAAGUGUCGUACAGUAAAUGACAUAUAUACAGAAAACGAAUUGCUGCCGAAUGAAUGGCGCGAUCAGUAUUUCGCCAAAGCAGCCGCCGCCUUUCUUGCUCAUAAAGCAACAGCCGCAGACGAGGAAUCAUUAUUUGCUCCAGUUCGUAUUGUUCCUAGAGUAGAUAUUGUUCACAUUCAUGGCCCAGAUAAUGCAUAUAUAGCAAAGAUAUUACAAGAUAAGAAGGAGAUAGAUGAUUUAGGGCCUCGACCGCCUGCAAUUGUUUACACCAUACAUCAUAACGAGAAAGAGAUACAAUACACUAAUACGUAUCGAAACGUUCGGAAAUUCACAGAUCUUCCUUACGAAAGGGAGAGACUUCGAAAGUAUGUUUACGGAAGCAAUGUAUACAUGACCAAACUGGGUAUAGAGCAAUCCGAUGCUAUUACUUACACCAGUCAUUCAAUUGCUGCUGAUAUCGUGGAAGGUCGUUAUGACUUUCAUUUGAAAGAGCUUAUUAUGGAUUAUCUAUUGAAAAAAACAGAAAGUUCACGACUUUACGGUAUAGACAAUGGUGUCGACUAUCAUGGGACGGAACACCCUUUCAUCACAGAUAAACUAGCCAACCGAAGUAUGGGAUACCCUCAAUAUGCAUUUAAAAUGAUACAAAACCAAAAACUCUACUAUUCUACGAAUCCUUCGAAACCCUUCACCCUCAAUCCUCCAGACAUGCCAACCUAUUGGACAUUAUCUGAAGAGCACUCAGAUUUCGUUCAAACCCAUAAAGAUCGUGCUAGACGCUUUCUAAUUAAGCGAGGAAUUUUAUCAGAGCAAGAUAUGAAACGUCCAAUUGUACUUUUUAGAGGAUCAUUUGAAAGAGGGAAAGGGUUGGAAAUCUUCGAACCGGCAGUGAAGUAUUUUAUUAAAAACAACAUGCGCUUUGUAAUAUUGGGCAGAAAGAAAGAUUUCAAUUUUGAGAAAUUACAAAGUUUGCAAAGAUUAUAUCCGAAUCAUGUCACUUUACUUAGCACAGCCAAAGAAGAAAGACAGUUUUCCAUAUUUUGUAGAGCAGCGGCUGAUUUCGUAUUUACACCAGAUCCUCAAGCAAGCGCAUACGGCUUUGAGGCAGCAGAGGGUUUAGUGUUCGGUUCUGCGGUCAUCACACCUGGAAUGAGUAAACUUAAAGAAGCCAUGAUUGACAGGCCUUCUAGGCAAUCACGACAAGUUAGUAUAGCCUAUCUGGACCCUGCAGCCGCUUCUGAAAAGGGAGCAGUUAUCACCAGUUAUGAAUACUACAAUAGUUAUAUCUACAAUGCAAAUGAACCGAAUACCCUUGAAAUUGCUAUUAGGGAUGCAGCUACUGAUUUUAGAAAGAUUAUAAAGAAUAAGGCAUUACGCGAGGAGUUUAUUCUACGAAUGAUUAGAAGCGCUCUCAAUUUAGGUUGGGAUAGAGGCCAUCAACAAGGUCCUGUUUAUGAAUAUAACCGUGUUUACGAAUUAGCUCUCGAGAAUAGAUAUAUACCCGAAAUGCAAAGAUAUGAAGUCGAAGAAGAAUAUGAAUUAAUAACAAGACUACAAGAAAAGGACUAUCUCUGA